ACCGCACUUCCGCCGGAAGUCGGCUUGGCUGCCGGCGCCCCGAGUGAGGUCACAGGCCCGCCGGAAGUCUAGAGAAGCUCCUUGAAGGCACCGCCUGGGUGCGACUGGCCGUUGGCCCAUUCCGGCGCCAGAUCCAGCCUUCUAGGAGAACCAUGCCUCCUGCAGCUUUGGGUGCCACCUGUUGUGCCAGGCACAUGCCGCUGCCCAAGAGGAGAUGCUGUUUGAAUUCUCCUUGAAUAUUGAGAGAAGGAAUGCCCUAGCUGCCAGUAGAAAAUUAUCCAAACGAGAACUACGUAGGCCGGGGACCCUGAAUCGCCUCGAAAUUCUUGAAGGAGAGGGAGCUCUGGACCAUCUGGGAGGCCUCAGCAGUGCAUGCCCUCAGGAUGGACUUCUUGGUUCUCUUCUUGUUCUACCUGGUUUUGGUGCUGAUUGGUGUUGUUACAGUAUGCAUCUGCUCAAAAACCCAUUACCUGAAAGGUGUAGUCAGAGGAGGAGCACAGAUAAUUUCCUGUAUAAUUCCAAAAUGCCUUCAGAGAGCUAUGCCAAAAUUGCUUCAUUACCUCUUCCGUACACGAAACCACACCUUCAUUAUCCUGCACCUCAUCUUGCAAGGGAUGGUUUACAGUGAAUACACCUGGGAAAUAUUUGGCUACUGUCGAGAGCUGGAGUUCUCCUUGUGUUACCUUCUUCUGCCCUAUUUUCUGCUGAUUAUAAACCUGGUGUUUUUCACUCUCAGCUGUGUAAGUGACCCUGGUACCAUAACGAAAGCAAAUGAGUUACUGUUUCUUCAAGUUUAUGAAUUCGAUGAAGUGAUGUUCUUAAAGAAUAUGAAGUGCUCUACGUGCAAUUUAAGGAAACCAGCACGAUCCAAACACUGCAGUGUGUGUAACAGGUGUGUGCACCGUUUUGACCACCACUGUGUUUGGGUGAACAACUGCAUUGGAGCCUGGAACGCCAGGUACUUCCUCCUCUACCUCUUGACAUUGACAGCCUCAGCAGCCACCAUGGCCAUCGUGAGCACUGUGUUUCUGGUCCAGUUGGUGGUGUUGUCUGACUUGUAUUUGGAGACUUACAUUGAUCACCUUGGACACUUCCAGGCUGUUGACAUUUUCUUUCUUAUUCAGUACCUGUUUCUGACCUUCCCGAGGAUUAUCUUCAUGCUGGGCUUUGUCAUGAUGCUGAGCUUCCUCCUGGGGGGCUACCUGUGCUUUAUUUUGUACCUGGCUGCCACCAACCAGACCACUAACGAGUGGCACAAUGGUGACCGGGCUUGGUGCCAUCAUUGCCGCCACGUGGCCCGGCCCCUGUCAGCAGAUACCCAGGUCAACCGGAACAUUCACUCCCAUGGGCUUUGGAGCAACCUUGGAGAGGUCUUCCUACCUGCCACUGCACCUUAUGAGAGAAAGAAGAACUGAGAAUGGGAAGUGUUACUGCCAUUUAAAUAUAGUAUACAUUUAUUUAUACAUAUAGAUACUUUGUAAGCAUUA